CCAACCCCUUGUCGUUUUUUUUUUUCCUAUUUUUCUCCAAAAUUUCUCACUUUUUUCUCCUCCUCCGCCAUUGAUGCUCCAAACCCAAAGAAAAUCUAAACCCAUUUCUAAAUUCCCCAUUCCAUUUCUGGGUCAUCCUCUGUUCAUCCAAUUAACUCCAAAGCUUCGAGCUUUUUCAUCAAUGGAGAUCGAGGUGGUUGUCACGUGCGAGUGCUGUGGCUUGAAAGAGGACUGCACCCAAUUCUAUAUCAGCGAAGUUAAGGCGAAAUUUGAAGGGAAAUGGCUGUGUGGGCUUUGCUCGGAGGCUGUUAGAGACGAAGCUAAGCGAAGCAAGAAGCCAUUGGUGGGCUUGGAAGAAGCUGUCGAUGCCCACAUGUCGUUUUGUCGUAAAUUUAAAGCUAACCCUGCAAUUCGUGUCGCUGAUGGAAUUAGGCUCAUGCUUAGGAGGAGGUCGAGCGACGUGUCGGCUUCUUCCUCUUCUUCUUCUGAGGCUAAUUCUUCUGCUAACAAGUAUGGGAGAUCCAAGAGCUCGUCGCAGGUGGGUUUCGACAUGUCGUCGCUGUCGUUGUACUGAUUUUUGGAGAUUUGUUAAUUAACUAUUGACCGAUUAGGGUUUUAAUCUCUCUUUCUUUCUU